ACGACCUUUCGACGUGCAGAACGUGCAAUCACUUUCCUUAGUUCCAAAUUUUCUUUUGCUUACAACUUAAAAAAAGGUAGUACGUACCAAUAUCUUCCUCAAGGCUAAAGUCCUACACCUACUACCCUUUGUAUAAUGUAUCCUCUCGUAGUAGUAUAAAAAAGCACACAAUCCACCAAAGAAAGCAACACCAAGCUAAAAAAAACUAAAAAUGAAGGGUCACAAAACCACCAACGGGCAACCUCAAUCCGACAAACCACGGCUAAUCGCAAUCGGCGCGUUUGUCGGAUUCAUUGCCGGUGCACUCCUUAUGUCGGCUUUUGUAGGCACCACUAGUCACCGGUGGUCAUCUAAUCAAUUAUAUCCUCUAGAAUCCACCCCGGUCCAAGGAAAAGCCAUCCUACAUUAUGCUACAUCUAAAGUGAUCCCACAACAAACCCUUGAAGAAGUUACAGAAUCAUUUAACGUGCUCCAAUCUUUAAGUCCAUGCAACUUCCUCGUUUAUGGGUUAGGCUACGACUCCCUCAUGUGGGCGGGACUCAACCCUAAUGGUACAACUAUUUUCUUAGAAGAAUCUCCUGAAUGGGUCAACAUUGUACUAAAAAACGCACCUUUUUUAGAUGCUAGAACUGUCUUAUAUAGAACACAACUUCGAAAUUCUGAUCAAUUACUCCAAACUUACAAAAAAAAUCCAGAUUGUCAACCAAGUCGUGCUUUUCUAAAAGGGAACCUAAAUUGUCCUUUAGCCCUAGAAAAUUUACCCGACGAUGUAUACAUGAAAGAGUGGGAUGUGAUCAUGAUAGAUGCACCAAGAGGGUACUCUCCUGAGCAUCCAGGAAGAAUGGCAGCAAUAUUUUCUGCAGCAAUAAUGGCGCGUGACAGGAAACGUCCAGGGAAUACACAUGUGUUCUUACAUGAUGUGAAUCGAGAAGUUGAGGAAAAAUUUGCUAAUGAGUUUUUGUGUAAGAAGUAUAGAGUUGGAGCUGUUGGGAGAUUGUGGCAUUUUGAGAUUCCACCUGUUAAAGAUUCUAAUAUAGGUGGUAAAACAAGUUUUUGCUAAUUUAAUUAAGUAUAAUGUUUUAAUUUGUAUAAGUAAUUUAUUAUUAGUACGUCGUUAAUUAAUAAUUAGAGGUAAAAUCAUGUUUACUACGGUUGAAAAUUAUUACAUGUACUAUACAAUGUUUUACUUUUUCAUAAAGAGAAUACAUACUUAUCCGAUAAUAAUAUAAAUUAAGACGACAUA